UUGGUGUGUUGAAAUAAAGGGAGGAGGAAGAUUUCAACUUGACAUAGCAGAAGAUGAGAGCGGGCUGAUUAGUGACAGAAACAAACAGUGGCUGUUUACUAUGGAUUGUAAGUGUGCCUAGAAAACAAUGUUGACAAAUAUAUUUUGAAGAAGCAACAGAAAGGUUUGUCUGUAAGACAGAAUAGAACCAGACUGAAAACAGACACUCACGACCUGGUCCAUCUGGUGACUUCGAGGGCAUAUUUUUGUACUCAGCCCUUCUGAUUGAAUCAAGUCUAUUGGGACAAUCCCCCCUGGAGCAACAUGGAGUAAAGUGUCUUGAUCAAGGACCUGGUGGUGACUGCUGGGAUCGAACCAGCAACCUUUGAUUUACCAGUUCAGUGGUUUAACCCACUAGACCACCAUCUCCACAGCGAUUACCAUAAGGACGGCAUUAAAACUGGACUAUUAAAUCCUCUUACACAAAACCUUCGCCUUCCAGAUGGGAUCAGACAAUGGGAGCGUCCCCAUGGACAACACGAUGCCAACGAAUCAUAACAACAUCGCCUUUACCUUCGGUGCCCUCAUUCUCAGCAUCGUCUUCCUCCUGGGAGUUCCCGGCAACCUCUUCAUUAUUUGGAGCGUCCUGGCCCGCGCCCGCAAGCGCUCCGUCACCACCCUGCUCAUCCUUAACCUGGCAUGCGCGGAUGGUUUUUUGAUGUGUCUGACUAUUUUCUUUAUCAUUUACCUUGCCAAGCAUAACUGGAUAUUUGGAGGUGCCAUGUGCAAAGUGCUCUUCUACUUGUGUAACACAAACAUGUACGCUUCUAUCAUGAUCAUCACGCUGAUGAGUCUGCACAGAGUGGUAGCAGUGGUGUGGCCCGCGCACUUGCCAGCUUGCACUCGUAAACGGAGGGUAUCUUGCUUGCUUGUGGGCAUGUGGAUCGUCGUUUUUCUUUUGGCACUCCCGGCUGUGAUAUUCAGAGCCGAGAAAGAGAAAAAUGUCAACGGGAAGCGACACAUCCUGUGUGCAGUUCAUCACAACAGAUCGGAACACGUGGUUUUCCAGUACACCCUUGAGACAACGGUUGGCUUCUUGGUUCCAUAUGCGAUCAUAGUGGGGAGUUACGUGUGCAUUCUCCGCCGCCUCAGACAGACCAGGUUCAGGAAAAUGAUCCGGAGCGAGAACCUCAUUCAUGCCAUUAUUAUAACGUUCUGCAUCUUCUGGCUGCCUUACCAUGUCAACAAUGUAUUGCUCGUGGUGGGAGCACUUACCCCAGAUGCGUCGCCUUUAAAACAGAGACUGGAGAGUAUCGGACAGUCCAGUCGCGCCGCUACGUCUGCUCUGGCUUUUAUCAGCAGUUGUGCCAACCCUGUCCUCUACACCUUUGCUGGACGCUCCUACAUUAAAGCAGAUGGCCUGGCGUUCAUGGCAAGACUUUUUGAAAGCACUGUGCUCAACAACGGUGUGCGGACACUAGAGAGCUCCAAUGCUCCCAAUCUUUUAGGAUUGGAACGCAGACAAUCUACAACAUAAAGUAAAUUGAUGAAAACAUGACCUUUUGGAUACGAGUUACCUAAAAACCCACAUCUAAUGAAGCAGUUCAACUCAUGAAUUUCUAUUGUGUAUAUCAAUUUGCCCUUAUUGUAAAGAUGCAUUUUAAAUCUGAUUGGACAAUGUAAUUGGUGUAACUUAGAUUAAAAUGUUGCAUAAAUUCUACCUAACUUGACAAUUUAUCUAGCACUCCUUUUCAGUUGUUCAAUGCUUCAAGUAAAUUUCAAGAGUUAUUACCCUUUAACAACUCCAUUUUCCAGACAUACAAAUCUAAAAAUUUGAGAAAAUAGGAUGCUCUUUCACUAAUGCCUUCUGUAGUGGUUGCUGGUUUGAUCCCAGCAGCCACCACCAGUGUGUCCUUGAGCAAUACACUUUACUCCAUGUUGCUAUAGGGGGAUUGUCCCUGUAAUAUGUCCACCAAGUCGCUUGGAUAAAAGUGUCUGCCAAAUGACUAAAUGUAAUGAUUAAUGUGAAGUGCCAUCAAAACCUAUGCAUUCACUGGAAA